AUGCCACCGAACGCCGUGUCGUCUCCUGCCGCCCAAGACGUGCUGCUCGGCGCACUCAUAGACGAGCGCUCACGACGGGGACGACUUCGCAUGAAACUACCACCACAGGACCACAUCUUCGCGCCCACAACCGCUCCGCCCACCGACCCCGUUCACCUCGACGUCUUGGAGCAGCGGAAACGUCAAUGGCUGCUGACAGAAGGGGAGCGCUAUUUUAGCAAUCCCGACGCACCCGCACUCCCAGCACCUUCUGUCCGUGAACCCAAGCCCGACCUCGAUGCUGUAGUCCAAGUGGUCGAAGAGGCAGGCUAUCAUGACUUUGGCUUCGCCAUUGUACGGCUAGACUAUACCGACGAACAAGAGUGGGAACGCUGGAAGGGCUGCUUCGACAUUGUGCAGGAUCAGACUGUCGACGACUCUCUCGGUGGCGCAAAGAUCAAGGACAAGCUGUUGACCAUGUUUGUCGAGGACCAAGAGUUGCAGGGCACGGGCUGGCAUGGCGCUGUGAGCUAUUUCUCAGACCUCCGCAACAACGACCAGGUGCCCGAAGGUUUGGACACGCCUGUCAUUCUUGUGGCAGAUCAGACGUCAGUCAACUCCCUGCUCCAUCCCACCAAGCAUGUCAAACCAUGGAUCUGGGCCGUAGACUUGAGCUACGACUGGAAAAUCGGUCACGUACCGCCCGCUGUCGUGAUCUCGACGGUCAAAUAUCCUGGAUUCUUUCGCGUGGCACUGAAAGCUGUGAUUCCGGAGUUGUGGCCGUUGUUGAUGGGAACUGGAAUCUCAGGACUAGAACUGUGGGGAGGAAACGACAGCGUAUGGGAGGGUCCCUUGAGGUAG